GGCGGCUCCGCCGAGCAGCACCGCGGCUCCGGCUGCCGGGGCCGCCGCCGCCGCCCGAGCUCCGAUGCGGGGGAGAGCGGCGGGGAGGCAGCGGCACGGCGGCAGCGGGGAGGGCGGGCGGUGAACUCGCUCGCUCCGGGGAAGGAUGACCGGCUUCGCCGCGAUCGUCUUGCUCCUGCGGCUUUUGCACGAGGCGGACGGACAGGCUUUCCCAGGUGGUUGUUCAUUUGAUGAGCACUACAGUAAUUGUGGUUACAGUGUGGCCUUGGGAACCAAUGGAUUUACCUGGGAGCAGAUCAAUACCUGGGAAAAGCCAACGAUGGAUCCUGCAGUCCCAACUGGCUCCUUCAUGAUGGUGAACAGCUCUGGACGGGCAUCCGGGCAGAAAGCUCACUUACUUUUGCCCACGUUGAAGGAAAAUGACACACAUUGCAUCGACUUCCAUUAUUACUUAUCCAGCAGAGAUCGCUCGAGUCCUGGCUCUCUGAAUGUCUACGUGAAAGUGAAUGGAGGACCACAGGGCAAUCCCAUAUGGAAUGUCUCAGGGGUUGUUACAGAAGGAUGGGUGAAGGCAGAACUUGCCAUCAGUACGUUCUGGCCACAUUUUUAUCAGGUGAUAUUUGAAUCCGUCUCUUUGAAAGGACACCCAGGGUACAUAGCUGUGGAUGAAGUCAGAGUUCUUGCCCAUCCAUGCAGAAAAGCACCUCAUUUCUUACGGCUUCAGAAUGUGGAGGUUAAUGUGGGACAGAAUGCGACAUUCCAGUGCAUUGCCGGGGGGAAGUGGUCCCAGCAUGACAAACUCUGGCUCCAGCAGUGGAAUGGGAGGGACACGGCAUUAAUGGUCACUCGAGUCGUCAACCACAGGCGUUUCUCCGCCACCGUCAGCGUUGCUGACACCUCGCAGCGCAGUAUCAGCAAGUACCGAUGUGUCAUCCGCUCCGAUGGUGGGUCUGGAGUUUCGAAUUAUGCAGAAUUAAUAGUGAAAGAACCCCCAACUCCUAUUGCCCCUCCUGAGCUACUGGCUGUUGGAGCCACCUACCUGUGGAUCAAACCCAACGCCAACUCCAUCAUCGGAGAUGGGCCCAUCAUACUGAAAGAGGUGGAGUAUCGGACGACCACUGGGAACUGGGCAGAAACACACAUUGUAGACUCUCCCAAUUACAAACUGUGGCAUCUGGAUCCAGAUGUGGAGUAUGAGAUCAGAGUGCUGCUGACUCGCCCAGGAGAAGGAGGCACAGGACCACCUGGACCACCACUCACAACAAGGACAAAAUGUGCAGAUCCUGUCCAUGGACCACAGAAUGUAGAAGUGGUUGAUAUCCGUUCCCGGCAGCUGACAUUGCAGUGGGAGCCCUUUGGUUAUGCGGUGACCCGCUGCCACAGCUACAAUCUCACAGUGCAGUACCAGUAUGUCUUUAACCAGCAAAAAUUUGAGGCAGAGGAACUCAUCCAAACUUCUUCCCACUACACCUUGCGAGGUCUUCGGCCCUUCAUGACCAUCAGGCUGAGGCUGGCCCUUUCUAAUCCAGAGGGCAAAAUGGAGAGUGAGGAGCUGGUUGUGCAGACUGAGGAGGAUGUUCCUGGACCUGUUCCCUUGGAAUCCAUCCAGGGAGGACCUUUUGAAGAGAAGAUCUAUGUUCAGUGGAAGCCUCCAAAUGAGACAAAUGGCAUCAUUACACUUUAUGAGAUUACUUACAAGGCCGUUGGGUCUCUGGAUCCCAGUGCUGACCUGUCCAGCCAAAGAGGGAAAGUCUUCAAACUAAGGAAUGAAACGCAUCACCUCUUUGUAGGAUUAUACCCAGGGACUACGUAUUCAUUCACCAUCAAAGCCAGCACUGUGAAGGGCUUUGGGCCACCCAUCACAACACGGAUUGCAACUAAGAUUUCAGCGCCGUCAAUGCCGGAGUACGACACGGACUCACCCUUGAAUGAGACUGACACCACCAUCACUGUCAUGCUGAAGCCUGCUCAGUCCCGGGGAGCCCCUGUCAGUGUCUAUCAACUCGUUGUCAAGGAGGAGAAGCUACAGAAAGCUCGCAGAGCUGCAGACAUCAUUGAAUGCUUCUCCAUCCCAGUGAGCUACAAGAACGCCUCCAGCCUUGACUCACCCCACUACUUUGCAGCUGAGCUGAAGCCCAUCAAUCUGCCCGUCACACAGCCCUUCACCGUGGGUGACAACAAGACCUACAAUGGCUACUGGAAUGCUCCUCUUUCUCCCCUGAAAAGCUACAGCAUAUACUUCCAGGCUCUUAGCAAGGCAAACGGCGAAACAAAAAUCAACUGUGUCCGGCUGGCGACUAAAGGAGCUUCCACCCAGAAUUCCAAUGCAGUGGAACCAGAAAAGCAAGUUGACAGCACAGUGAAAAUGGCUGGAGUUAUAGCUGGGCUUCUGAUGUUUGUUAUUAUUCUCUUAGGAGCAAUGCUUACCAUCAAGAGAAGAAGAAAUGCAUACUCCUACUCCUAUUACUUGCAUUCAAGCCAAUGUUUUAGGGGCCUCUCUGUCUUCUACAGGACCAGGAAGCUAGCCAAGAAGCAGAAGGAGACUCAGACCAGCACACAGAGAGAGAUGGGUCCUGUGGCCGCUUCAGACAAGGCCUCUGCCAAACUCAGCGCUGUUCACAAUGAAGAAGCUUUCUCUUCCAGCUGCCAAGAUGUUAAUGGAUUCACAUCACCCUCUCCUUGUUCAUUUUCUGUCCAAAGCAAAACCCUUCAGAGCAAAUCUUUGUUGAAUUCCUACUACUCAGUAUCAUCAGACACAGUUCCAUCGACCACGCUGUUAGGUAAGACAGACAGUAGCCAUGGAGAGAUGACCCAGCCAACCUUGACUAUCCAGACCCACCCGUACCGGAGCUGUGAGCCAGUGGAAAUGUCCUACCCACGGGGGCAGUUCCAGCCAGCCAUCCGAGUGGCCGACCUGCUGCAGCACAUCACCCAGAUGAAGCGUGGACAGGGCUAUGGAUUUAAAGAGGAGUAUGAGGCACUACCCGAGGGGCAGACGGCAUCCUGGGAUACAGCCAAGGAAGAUGAAAAUCGCAAUAAGAAUAGAUAUGGAAACAUAAUCUCCUAUGAUCAUUCAAGAGUGAGAUUGCAGCUGCUGGAUGGGGACCCUCACUCUGACUACAUCAACGCCAAUUACAUAGAUGGAUACCACCGGCCUCGUCAUUACAUUGCAACUCAAGGGCCGAUGCAAGAGACGGUGAAGGAUUUCUGGAGAAUGAUUUGGCAAGAAAACUCUGCAAGCGUUGUCAUGGUCACCAACUUGGUGGAAGUGGGCAGGGUGAAGUGUGUUCGAUACUGGCCAGAUGACACAGAGGUCUAUGGGGAUAUAAAAGUCACAUUAAUUGAGACAGAACCACUGGCAGAGUAUGUCAUACGCACAUUUACUGUACAAAAGAAAGGCUACCAUGAGAUCCGAGAGAUUCGGCAGUUCCACUUCACCAGCUGGCCGGACCACGGGGUUCCUUGCUAUGCCACGGGCCUCCUGGGCUUUGUUCGGCAAGUGAAGUUCCUCAACCCCCCCGAGGCAGGACCCAUCGUUGUGCACUGCAGUGCUGGGGCCGGGAGGACAGGGUGCUUUAUUGCCAUUGACAUCAUGCUUGACAUGGCAGAGAACGAAGGUGUGGUCGAUAUAUUUAACUGCGUGCGAGAGCUGCGCUCCCAGAGGGUCAAUUUGGUGCAGACAGAGGAACAGUAUGUAUUUGUCCAUGAUGCCAUUUUGGAGGCGUGUCUCUGCGGCAACACGGCCAUUCCAGUUUGUGAGUUCAGAUCCAUAUAUUACAACAUCAGCAGGAUAGAUCCACAGACCAAUUCCAGCCAGAUAAAAGAUGAGUUUCAGACUCUCAACAUUGUGACGCCGCGGGUUCGACCAGAGGACUGCAGCAUCGGCCUUUUGCCGAGGAACCAUGACAAGAACCGCUGCAUGGAUGUGCUGCCCUUGGACCGGUGCCUGCCCUUCCUCAUCUCUGUGGAUGGUGAAUCCAGUAACUACAUCAAUGCUGCGCUCAUGGAUAGCCACAAGCAACCUGCUGCCUUUAUUGUAACCCAGCACCCUUUGCCCAACACCGUAGCAGACUUCUGGAGGCUGGUGUUUGAUUAUAACUGCUCCUCCGUAGUGAUGCUGAAUGAGAUGGAUGCUGCACAGCUCUGCAUGCAGUACUGGCCAGAGAAGACGUCCUGUUGCUAUGGCCCAAUUCAAGUAGAGUUUGUUUCAGCAGACAUCGAUGAAGACAUCAUCAACCGGAUAUUCCGGAUCUGCAACAUGGCCAGGCCCCAGGAUGGCUAUCGCAUAGUUCAGCACCUGCAGUACAUCGGCUGGCCAGCGUACCGGGACACCCCUCCGUCCAAGCGCUCGCUGCUGAAGGUGGUCAGGAGGCUGGAGAAGUGGCAGGAGCAGUACGAUGGGAGAGACGGCCGCACUGUGGUCCACUGCCUGAACGGUGGGGGACGCAGUGGCACCUUCUGUGCCAUCUGCAGUGUGUGUGAAAUGAUUCAACAGCAAAAUAUCAUCGACGUGUUCCACAUAGUGAAAACGUUACGGAAUAACAAGUCCAACAUGGUGGAGUCGCUGGAACAGUAUAAAUUUGUAUAUGAGGUUGCACUGGAAUACUUGAGCUCCUUUUAGCCCAGCAGAGGGAGGGGAGCACCCGAUGUGGCAGACCCCGACCCCUGGCAGACGCUUCUCCCCUGUCCCACACUAGAAGGUGGUAACAAGUGUGGGAAGGAAAACCUCUCCUUCCUGGAGAAAGAGACUGAGACUGCACAGACCAGCUGGAAGGAGGAGAUGAUGCCUGUGUUUGCUGCUGCCUGCUUUCUAUUGGAGCAUCUACCGCUUCUUAAAUAACCUACUGUAAAAAUAAGCGAAAUGGGAGACAGGCUGAAGGACUGGACUUUCUAAUCCCCUCUGACUUCUCUCCUCUUUAGGAUUGUACUUUUGCUGUCCUUGCUGAAGAGUGGGGAAAGAAUGAAACCUUUAGGAAAUUCUCUUCUAAAUGUCUCCUUUUUAAGUUAUUAUUUUGUUCUCAAAUCCCAGUCUUUAAUUUUUGAAUUUCAUGCAGCAGUCUUUAGGGAAAAAUGAGAUAGCCAUAGGGAAUUUAUGAAAUGUUUCAUUACCAUUUGCCUAUCUUAUCUGUUUUUGUUUUAUCUUCCAAAUGAAAAGGCCAACACCAAAAAAACACUGGAUAUCUUUCCGCAUCUGGUUCCUUUUAGCAUGAAGAUGGUGGAGAUGAGGAGUUAGUUGUUCAUGGAUUCGCACCUUGGCUUCUACAUGUUUCCUCCCAGUUUCUCCCAAGGCUGUGCAUGAACUGGUUACAGCUCUCUGGUCCAUGUUUGUUUCAGUGCUGGUGAAGCAAUAUUAAUGAGUUUCCCAGCCACUUAAACCCUGAAGUUAAAUAUUUGCAUCAAACAAAUUGCAUUUGUCUUGCAACCUUGGUAACGAUGUUACCAUAUUUUUCAAGUAUUUGCUGGGGUGCAGUGUGUCUUUGAAAAACAGGGUAUAAAGUAGGUAUUAUUGAUCAUAUACUAUGUAUUAUUAUUUUUUUAUUUAUUAUUUGUAUUGCUGUAGAACUUAGGACCCCUAGUCCUGACAGGUCCCUGCUGAACUAGGCUAGGCACUGUGCAAAUGAAGAGCAAAGAAGGUUCCUGCUCAAGAGCUUUGAAUCUGAAGGUAAUCUUAAAAUUGAGUUUGAUGAAGUUUUCCUCACUGUUCCCAAACUGUUGUACAGUCAGACGUAGUUGAGUGAUUUAUUCAGAUUUCUGGCCCCUGCAAAUUUAAAAUGGUAACCCGUCCAAGCUGCAGGAAAGGUGAUGGACAUACACAGAAACCUGUUCUGGCAUCUGCUAAGAAAAGGCUUCGACCAGCACAGCAACGUUCCAUCUUAAGCAAAACAGCUUUUGUUUUGUUCUGCAGAAAUGCCUAUGCAACUCUUCUUGUUUGCAACAAACAUCAGAAGGGUUUUGCCAUGGUUCUCGAUCUCGCUCUGACUUCUUAGAAGUUAAGAAAUUGCUUUUCUGAAAGAGUUUGUUUAAGGAGGUAAUCACUGAGUUCUACAGGAUAAUAAUCUCUGAGAUUGUUUUUAAAUGAAUGAGGAUUUACGACAUUCAGUAUUUCAAUUUAGUCAUUUAUUUAUCCUGAGAGUGCAGGGAUCCAAGAUAGUUCAGUGUGUAAAUUAGAUUCUAGGUGAUGUAGGUUUCUCCAAACAUAGACUUGCUUAAAGCUAGGCAGGUAAGGGAAGAGUUUAAGGAAAUUCCACUUUCUUACCAUUUCAUAGUAUUCCAUCCUCUGGUAAAUGCUCAGAAACUGCUGGGAGCUCAGUCGUGUCAAUGCCUCACAUAGAGAGCACCAGAAGCUUAAAAAAGAUAUUACCAAUUCCAUAUAUAAAUUCAAAAGGCAGCUCUGCUUCAUGGUCAUUUGUUAGGUGAUAAUCAUAUCUCUGUCUUGACAACUGAAUCUGAUUGGAACACUUAUUGGCUCAGCUAUAGCAGUACCUAACAAAAAAGUUACCAUCUCUGUCAGGACCUGCAGCAGCCUAAGAAACAAGGCUCACUAUUUGGAAAUGGAAUCUUUCCUGCUGAGCAGAUGAGAGGUCUGCAUAGGAUGCUGAACUACCAAGCUCAUGUUCUGUCCAAGAAGCUUUGGAUUCUUGGCUUCUUCCACGUGAAUACCUUGAAGGUCUCAGGCAGUUGUGCCACAAAGUGUCAAUGGGAACCCCCUCACAGGUGCCUCUGUGUGUGUCAGGUUGGGCCCCGACUUUCUGCAAGGAAUCACAAAAUCAGCAUUAGAUCACAGUGGGGCUGCAGGUUGAAUGUCUGCUGUUUCACAAAACGAAUUAGUUGUUUUAUUUUUUUUUUCUGUUGCUGCUAAGCUGCACAAAAAACUCAGCUGUAGAAUAAGAGGCAAAGCAAAAUUAUGACAUAUGAGAAGGAAGGGAUGAUGUUACUGUCUGAAUUACAGGUGGUUUGCUUGAGGGCCAUUUGCAAAGAAGAGGAAAGAGGGAAUCCUGAUCCCAAAAUGGGAUUUUGCAAUUUCCAAUGUGAGCAGAAGCUACCAGCAAAAUGUUCAUGACUUCACUAACUCCAGAAAGCCAGAGGGAGUGACUCCCUAUGGAUGCUAUGGAAAUAUGAAUUAGUAUUUAGCAUUCUGUUAAUUUUACAUGGAAACUAGCAUACCCAUAGGUCCCUUUCAGGAAUUACUGAAAGACUAGUUCAGGCACUGAAGUUAAUAGCCUGGGUAAAAGGAAUAGAGGGGUAGAAUAAAUGGCAAUGUAAGCAAGAAAUGAAGGGUAGAAGGUAGUUUCAGGCUAAGCAGUAGCAUGAAGGAAAGUGGAUUAUGAAGCCAGCAGUCAGCCUAUGGGAGGGAUGUAUACAUGGAGAGAAGCAGGUGUUGGAUGGGCUGGGCAGAAGAGCUCUUGCAGUGAAGUUGUUUAAGGUCCUGAGGUAGGUUUAAAUGUAUUUUCAUGGUAUGAGACGUGCUAGUACAGGGUCAGGUGCAAGCAUCAGCUGGCCCACAGUAACGCACCACAUGCUUUUAGCUCUCUGCAAGUGCAAAGUAGCACUUAAAUAGCAUAUAUAGCAUAAAGAUAGCAUAAAUUUCAGUGAGAGGUCUUUAAGCUACAUUUUACCUUGUAUUUGCAAGGAACAAGUUCAGUGCAAAUCAUGUUGGUUCAUACAGCCCAACUGUUAGCCGCAACUGAUUGUGUGCGGGUGUGGAAGGGCACUCAGCAAACACAACGGGUGAUGUUGGUUGUGGUCCAUACUGUUCCAUCACCACACGGGUACACUGAUUUUUGGGAACCCAGCUCCGAUGUGUAUUGGCUCAGGGAUCUUUGCACUGUUCUUUGCUGCACAAUGCAUAUAUGUUGAAUAUGAAGUAAUGAUAAAGGGAGAGAAAAAAGAACUUGCUAUUAAUAACCUUCUUACCUUGAGGUUGUUUAAACUGUUGAGAAGAGCCUGUAGCAACAUAGGUAAUGUGUUUGAAGCAAGACUGUGGAUGUUGGGUCUGUUUUCUCUGAGAAAGAGAGAAGUUUGGAGAUAGAUAAUAAAGAAGGCUUUCUUACUCUUGAAAAGAUUGACAAUCCAGGACAAGCUUUCCAGCCUAAGUAUUGCUUUCUGCAGCUGGGGAGCAGUAAUGUAAGGUAGAAAAGGGGAAGUCCUCAAUGACUGAGUUUUAGGCUGUGUAAAUAUGAUAUUGACAGUAUUUGAAUAGUCAUAAUGGAAACAAUUAUUCCCAUUCUGACAUCCUUCAGGAUUGGGUGAGAAUUGUUUGUUGAUAGCAUAAUAUUGGUCAAAAGUGUAAUCUGAAAUUUGGAAAGCCAGAAAUAAGUAAAGAAGAGUAAGUGUAUGUGAUCUAUGUCAUACACAGAACAAAUAACAUCUUAAAUUAUUAAGGGAUGUAACUGAAGCAAAGAAUUCCAGAGCUAUGUAGGCUGCAUGCUGGAGAAGGAGGAACCUGAGCUGUCACCAGGAAAGAGAUAGAGAGAAAACCCCUGCAAGAUACAGUGGGUCUUGACAAUCUUUUUUCUAUUAUUAUUAUCUCUGUGAAAACUGCAUCCUGUGCUGCCAUCUUUUGUUAUUUUUUCCCCUCAAAGAAUGGCCUGUAAAGAAAAUGGUAGCUGACCUCCUGUAGAUGAACUUGAGGUACUUGCUUAUUAAUGUGAAGGAAACAGACUGGGGUUGGGAGUACAAUGUCCAUGUGAGGGUAGGGACCACUGGUAACAAAAAAGCAGAUGGGAAUUGAUGGUUUUAUUUAGUAGAUUGAAGUAACUGGUUCUGAACAGGGAAGUCUCCGGGCUGUUGUUGGUAGGAGACAUUUCGGUUCAUGAUUGAAAUUCAUUAGCAAAGUUGCAUGGAAUGCUGCCAUGCCUAGUUAGCUCCAACUAGUUUUAUUAAUGCACUGGUUGAUCCCCCUUAGUUUAUUUGCAUAUGAGCCAUUUAAGUGAGCUAGAGUUGUCCGUGAUGGUCCACAAACACCAGGUAAUUAGCAGUGAAGGAUUUUUCCAUGCACAGAAACCCUCCUGUCACCUUUUGCACCAAUUCAAGCCACAGUUCUGUAUUCCAUGUCUCCCAUUCAGCUCCUGCCCACAUAGUGCCUACAUUUUAAGAAUGCCCAGGGAACUCCCAGAAAGGUGACAGAUAUCAUGGGCAAAGUCUGUGAGCCCUGAUUGGUCUGGCCCAUGCACUCUGGGGUGCAGAGGUGGGAAUCCCAGAGCAUAGCUUUUGCCUAGAGAAGCACAUAUUUGUGUGUCAGUAGUUUCCUACCUUUUAUUCUGGAUCUGUAAACUCCCUGUGAAAACGUCCAGUGGCAAUGCAAGGCCCCACAGCAGUAGAUUUAAGCCUGCAGAUGGUAGAGUUGUUUUUCCAUGUGGUUUGCAUGGGUUCUUUAGGAGUAGUUGGUGGGAUUUCCCCUGGGAAUCAGUCCAGGCACUGUGGGUACACCGCUCUUGGUGUCCCUCAGUCUGUGGAAGAAGAGAGGCUCCCAUUGGCGGCAGCUGUUCUGAAGGCAGCUGAACCAGUUGCUGUCUGUAAGAGAAGGAAAGGAUAAGGAAUCUGCUUUGGGAGAAAAGCAAACAGUGGAGGAGGAUUAAAUGGUAUCCUGAAACAGGUGAGAAACUUCCACUUUGUUCUGUCUCUUAUUCUUGCAGGGAUAUACUUACGUCUUUCCUACUCUUCUGAGUUUGUGCCAGGAUCAUAAAAAAAAAACAGGUAGUAACACAUUCCACUCUGCAGAACUCCCUGGAGAGGGAGCAGGCAAUGUAACAGAGGGAAUAAAUCCCGAGGGACGAAGAUAAAAGAUUUCCUUGAGAGGAACCUUCAAAUGUGCGGUGCCUCUGUCUGUCACACUGGCAGAAUUCUUUGCAAGUCAGCACGGAGCAUUGCCCAGUCCUGGCAUAUUCCUGCAUCUGCACUUCAGUGUAAAUGUUGCACUUGGAAAGCACUGUUGUCCUACAGUAAAUUCAAACAAUAUCGCAUUGGUAGCACAGUUCACUUUUAGUCGUUGCAAAGGGCAUCUCAAGAACUUGGUUUGAUUCUGCUGUGUUCUAAUUUGAGGUUCUUCCAUAAGCGUACAAAGUCCACUCCAGCUUGUUAGAAACACACGUGGGACCUUGUGAUGAAAGUGCUUCAGGAUGACCUCUGCCUGUGAGUGUGAAGCUCAGUAUACCUCCUUGCAGACCAGGAAGUGGUAGAACAGAAUACUGCACCUUCCCUGCACAGACCUUUCCUGGAGCAGAAACUGAGGGAGCCAGCUAAUUAAGGUUUGGUAUACAGAAGAGAGUAAUGAGGAUUCUGUUAACCCUCCUACGUUCAUACUUAUUUAGAUUGCAGUCUUCUAUAGCCAUACAUACAUGCUAUACAAUUUAAAUGCAAGUGCCCUUCCUUUCCCUGUUCCCCGGUUCCCUGUAGCUCUUCCUCCAUUGAGGGCCAUCCAACAGCAUAGAAGCAAAGCACACUUUCUGCAGUUUUGGCGAGGGAUGCUAGGAAAAUGUAUCAUGGAGUAUCUGUUUAUUGACUUGGACGAGUAUCAGUCAUCUUCCUCCUCAUACACAUACCUGAAGAACAUACAGCUGAGUGUAGCAGUCGAGUACAUUCAUGCAUUUUCGUACACCAAGGCCAAAUCCUGGUGGUUCUGAGUUUGAUGGGGAGACAAAAAACUCGCUGACUUCCAGUGGCCUCGAGUCUGUGAUCUUUAUUUUCUGUGUUAAAAGAUUGUUAAAGCCUCCCUUAUGAACAGUACACUGCACUCAGAAUAUCUACAGCUUCAUGUCGGAGUAGCACAGUUGUGAAAACCUGGCAGCUUCUUUCAUUUGUGAAAACGGGAGAGCGAAACCUCUCCAUCCUUGUCCCAGUGCAUCCAGCAGGUUGUUCACCCUUAUCCUCUGGUUUCAACCUACGCCUUAAGAAACAAAAUUAUGCAGCAGACUGAAUGAUAGAUGCUGGUGUUCCCAUAGUGUUUCUUUUUGGAGGGGGGGGGGGGAAAUAAAAGGAAAAAAAAAUGUUUUUCUUGUAAACCAGUUCAGCAUGAGCUGAUUCUAAGCUGCAUGGCCAUGAGCCAGUUCACACUGCUGGAAGUGAGGUUUGCUUGUUGUUGUGGUGUGAUAUAUGCCAUAGGUGUAACCUCUGGGACCAGUCCUGGUCUGUUCUGUACAGGUUUCCAAUAGGAUAGAGGUCACUGUAGAGGAAGCACUUAUUGCAAGUGAUAGCAUUUCAGUGAAGGUUUUGUAAGGGAGAUCUGUUACCCUGGAACGCAGCUGUUUGGGGGACUUGGUGAGGUGCUUGAGCAGGUGGCUCUGUGGAGGUGUACUUCCUUCUGUGAGCACUUCAUCCUUUCCUGGGCAGCUCCAGGAAAUCUUGCUUGUGUGCAGUUAUGAAGGAAUGCAUUUGCAGGGGUGUGUUUGGGUGCAUGGCUGGCACUUCACAAGCUUCCAUGAGUUUAGCUAUUGGGAAAGCCUCCCCAGGGCAUCUGAUGGUUGUUGGCAUUGCUGAACUAGCUCUAAUGCUUCCCAUGCAGGACUUCCAUGUACAUGGAGCAGAACUGGCAUGACCCUCCUCCCCUCUGUAGCCCAUUCUUAAGUCUCCAACACUCAAGCUGCGCUUCAGUGCAAAAGCUGCAGCUGUGCCCUGGCCACAUUUAACCCAUACAGACUGAGCGCACUGACAGAAUUCACUCCCAUGUUGAUUUCAUCUCCUUCCCCCUGCGCCAAUCCUGUUGAAAUGGAAAUGCUGUAGCAUCACUUGUUGCCAGAGCUGCUACUGCUGCAGUCAGCGAUGCUGCGGCCGUAUUGGGGUGAGCAGGACCCUGCCCAGCGCCCCACGCGUGCUGCGUCAGCGCGUCUCUGCUGUUGCGAUUCUGCCCCCAUCUCCCCCUCCUCUGGCCUUUAUGGAUUACUGGUGAAACUCACUUGUACAGUUUGGAUGUUUGAUAGAUAAAGCACGUAUGGAAAAAAAAAAAAAAAGGGAAAAAAAUAUAAAUACAGAAAUCUCAACA